AUGGGUGUCUUGUCUGGUGUCGUCAUAGCAAUAGCUGGCGCCCUCCCAGCCGAGCCCGCCCAAAUCAAGAAAUGGGUCGAUAACAACGGCGGCAAAUGGUCUCCUCGCGUCGAGCAAAGAGUCACGCACCUGAUCGCCAGCAGACCGGCGUGGAAAGCAGUAACCGACCCGGUUAUGAAAGCAGCUGAGCUCAACAUCCACAUCGUAAGCUUUGACUGGCUCGAGGACUCCCUGCAAGGCAAGAGGAAGCUGCCAGAGAAGAGGUAUACCUACGAGGCCAUGAAGAAACAAGCAAAGACGAGGAAGGAAUUGAAGAAGUAUGGCGCAGCGGCCGACAGUAAGAAAUUCGUCGAAGGGUGCGAGAAGAUCAAGGAGCUGACCGGUUCAGGUACGUCCAAGAAGCUUCCUACCCCACGCAAGCCCAAGCCAUCAAAGAGCCACUUCUUCGCGGAAACCAUCAACUCGAAGUUCGUAUCUGCGAAGGAUGCUCUGAUGCAGAGAAGGGCAGAGCGGGAAGCUAAAGAGGCUGCGGAGAAGGCAGAGAAGGGAGCGAAGAAGGCAUCAUCUUCGGGUACGGCACAAGCUCCCAUCACAAUUGACGAUGGAACCCCAGAGCCAGUUGUCACGAGCUCCCUGCCUACACCUCCUCCAUCAGCCUCUUCGACAAAGACUGCCUCGAAGCACUCCACAUCGCCUUCUCCAUCCAACCCUCCUGCCAUCACUUCACUGGAAACGCAAGCUAAGAACCCCACGCUCAAAGAUCUCUACCACUUCUACCUCGACUCCACAGGCUUCGAAUACAAAGUCACCCUCGCCCGCAGCAACUUCUCCGUCAACCAAAUCACGCGCUACCAACUUAGCAUCCUCGAAAGCCACACCAGGCCCCACACAUACUGCACUCUCGUGCAAUACAACCCCCCGCCCACACCCGAAGCCUUCGACGCAUCCAUCCGAAACCCCCUCCUCGCCUUCCUCCGCCCCACGCCCACCCCAAGUACCCUCCCCUCCCCCGCCGAACAAGCCCGCCUACACUCACUCGUCACCCUACCAGCGCCCACGCCCGCAGCUCCUUUCAAGAAACUCAUCUGCCCAAUGAACUCCCCCUUCACCCCCGCCUGGCGCGCCUUCCGCCACACCUUCCGCACGCUCACACUGCUCGCGUGGGAAGAGCGCUUCGACAUCGACGCGUCCAAGGCUCUGCAGACCGCUCGGGCUGUCACACUAGGCAUCGAGCCGUACAUCUACUCGAAGCCGAUGCUGGGCUUGCCGGUGGGCAUGUGCGUGCAGGAGGCAGGGCUGUUCCAGGGAAACCGAAGUGAUCUUGGUAGCUUAGCUAUCGAGGGUGAUAAAGCAGAUGGAUACGUGAGGAAUGAAUUCGACCUGCCCGGUACGGACGAUCAGCCGCUCAGCAUGAAUGGUGUGGUGGGCAGUGCGAUUUGGCGCGCGGAGCAGAAGGUUAAGAAGGCGGAGAGGGAGAGGGAAGAGAGGGAGGAACAGUUGGCGAAGGAAGAGAAGGAGAAGGCUAAGGCUGCGAAGAGGAAGUUUGUCGAUCGCCCGCUGUUUAAUGGUGUUAUGGGUAAGCCGAGAGCAGAGGAGGAGGCGGGGUGGAGGCCGAAGGUGGUGCAGAAGGAGGGCGCGGCGGUGUUUACGGUGUUCAAGAAGGGGAGGGCGUUUCCUUGGGGGAGGGAGAGGUGA